GAGCCCAGAGUUUCGGGCACUGGCGAAGGCGAAAGGUGAGGAGGUUUGAGCAGUCAGAGGGAAGUUUGGCAAUAACUGAAGAGCAAAGAGAGGAGCCCGGGUAGGAGUCAAUCCUUGGGCCCCUCUCAGCACCCUGAUCCUUUUGCCUGUGCUCAACCAACCACCCACCCACACGGCAGCCUCCAGGCACGGGACUGUCCCAGGCGGCCGCCUUGUGCGCGCCGCGGAAGACGAGUCCGGUAAGGCUGUUGCUCCAAGCGCCCUGGUGCACGGACUCCAGACAACAGAAAUCUGAAGAAAGCUCUUGGCCUGGGCUUUCUAAAUUGCUAUGAACCAUGGCCCAGCUGUACUACAAAAAGGUCAAUUACUCACCAUACAGAGACCGUAUCCCCCUCCAAAUCGUGAGGGCUGAGACUGAGCUCUCUGCUGAAGAGAAGGCCUUCCUUAAUGCAGUGGAGAAGGGGGACUAUGCCACCGUGAAGCAGGCACUGCAAGAGGCUGAGAUCUACUACAAUGUCAACAUCAACUGCAUGGAUCCUUUGGGCAGGAGCGCCCUGCUCAUUGCCAUUGAGAACGAGAACCUGGAGAUCAUGGAGCUACUGCUGAACCACAGUGUGUAUGUGGGCGAUGCAUUACUCUACGCCAUCCGCAAGGAAGUGGUGGGCGCUGUGGAGCUUCUGCUUAGCUACAGAAAGCCCAGCGGUGAGAAGCAGGUUCCCACUCUGAUGAUGGACACCCAGUUCUCUGAGUUCACACCAGACAUCACUCCCAUCAUGUUGGCUGCCCACACCAACAACUAUGAAAUCAUCAAACUGCUUGUCCAAAAGCGAGUCACUAUCCCACGGCCCCACCAAAUCCGCUGCAACUGUGUAGAAUGUGUUUCCAGUUCAGAGGUAGACAGCCUGCGUCAUUCAAGGUCCCGACUGAACAUCUACAAGGCUCUGGCAAGCCCAUCCCUCAUUGCCUUAUCAAGUGAGGACCCCAUCCUAACUGCCUUCCGGCUGGGCUGGGAACUCAAAGAGCUAAGCAAGGUGGAAAAUGAAUUCAAGGCUGAGUAUGAGGAGCUCUCUCAGCAAUGCAAGCUCUUUGCCAAGGACCUGCUGGACCAAGCUCGUAGCUCCCGAGAACUGGAGAUCAUCCUCAACCAUCGUGAUGACCACAGUGAAGAACUUGACCCACAGAAGUACCAUGACCUGGCCAAGCUGAAGGUGGCAAUCAAAUAUCACCAGAAAGAGUUUGUUGCUCAGCCAAAUUGUCAACAGUUGCUUGCCACCUUGUGGUAUGAUGGCUUCCCUGGAUGGCGAAGAAAACACUGGGUAGUCAAGCUUCUGACCUGUAUGACUAUUGGCUUCCUGUUUCCUAUGCUGUCUAUAGCCUAUCUGAUCUCACCCAGAAGCAACCUUGGGCUGUUCAUCAAGAAGCCCUUUAUCAAGUUCAUCUGCCAUACAGCUUCCUAUCUGACCUUCCUCUUCAUGCUUCUCCUGGCUUCUCAGCAUAUCGUCAGGACAGACCUCCAUGUACAAGGACCUCCCCCAACUGUUGUGGAAUGGAUGAUACUGCCUUGGGUUCUAGGUUUCAUUUGGGGGGAGAUAAAGGAAAUGUGGGAUGGUGGAUUCACUGAAUACAUCCAUGACUGGUGGAACCUAAUGGAUUUUGCAAUGAACUCCCUCUACCUGGCAACUAUUUCCUUGAAGAUUGUGGCCUAUGUCAAGUAUAAUGGUUCUCGUCCAAGGGAGGAAUGGGAAAUGUGGCACCCGACUCUGAUUGCAGAGGCGCUCUUCGCAAUAUCCAACAUUUUAAGUUCCUUGCGUCUCAUAUCCUUGUUCACAGCCAACUCCCACUUAGGGCCUCUGCAGAUCUCUUUGGGACGCAUGCUGCUUGAUAUACUCAAAUUCCUCUUUAUCUACUGCCUAGUACUGCUAGCUUUUGCCAACGGAUUGAACCAGCUUUAUUUUUACUAUGAGACCAGAGCUAUUGAUGAACCUAACAACUGCAAGGGGAUCCGGUGUGAAAAACAGAACAACGCCUUCUCCACGCUCUUUGAAACCCUUCAGUCACUCUUCUGGUCUGUAUUUGGCCUUUUAAAUCUCUAUGUUACCAAUGUGAAGGCCAGACAUGAGUUCACCGAAUUUGUGGGAGCUACUAUGUUUGGGACAUACAACGUGAUCUCCCUAGUAGUGCUGCUGAACAUGCUCAUUGCCAUGAUGAACAACUCCUACCAGCUUAUCGCUGAUCAUGCUGACAUUGAGUGGAAGUUUGCAAGAACGAAGCUCUGGAUGAGUUAUUUUGAUGAAGGUGGUACCUUGCCACCUCCUUUCAACAUUAUUCCCAGCCCCAAAUCAUUCCUUUAUCUUGGCAACUGGUUCAACAACACCUUCUGUCCCAAAAGAGACCCUGAUGGAAGACGAAGGAGGCACAACUUGAGAAGCUUCACAGAACGCCAUGCUGAUAGCCUGAUACAAAAUCAACAUUAUCAGGAAGUUAUCAGAAAUUUAGUCAAGAGAUAUGUGGCUGCAAUGAUAAGAAACUCCAAAACAAAUGAGGGACUAACAGAAGAAAACUUUAAGGAAUUAAAGCAGGACAUCUCCAGCUUCCGAUAUGAAGUGCUUGACCUCUUGGGAAACAGGAAGCAUCCAAGAAGAAGCCUAUCCACUAGCAGUGCUGAAUUUUCUCAAAGGGAUGAUACCAAUGAUGGCAGUGGUGGGGCUCGGGCCAAAUCUAAGAGUGUCUCUUUCAAUUUAGGCUGCAAGAAAAAGGCCUGCCAUGGCGCACCUCUCAUCAGAACCAUGCCAAGAGCCAGUGGAGCUCAAGGAAAGUCGAAAGCUGAGUCAUCAAGCAAACGGUCCUUCAUGGGUCCCUCUUUUAAGAAACUGGGUCUCCUAUUCUCCAAGUUUAACGGUCAUAACUCCGAACCUCCCUCAGAGCCAAUGUACACAAUCUCCGAUGGAAUCGCACAGCAGCAUUAUAUGUGGCAGGACAUCAGAUAUUCUCAGAUGGAGAAAGGGAAGGCAGAGGCCUGUUCUCAAAGUGAAAUGAACCUCAGUGAGGUAGAGUUAGGUGAAAUUCGGGGUGCUGCUCGGAGCAGUGAAUGCCCCCUAGCCUGUUCCAGCUCUCUUCACUGUGCAUCCGGCAUCUGCUCCUCAAAUUCUAAACUUUUAGACUCAUCUGAGGAUGUAUUUGAAACUUGGGGAGAGGCUUGUGACUUGCUCAUGCACAAAUGGGGUGAUGGACAGGAAGAACAAGUUACAACUCGGCUCUAAAUCAAAUCCCCAUCAUCUGUUCUGGAAUUCAAGAGAAAAUUUGUAAUUUCCUCAUUCUCAGAGGUGACCCCAGAUAUGGCUCCCUCAUGGUCCCCCCUUCCAAAGGAGUGAAGCUCCUAUUAUUUUCAGUCUUUUAUAGCCACAUUCUUCAUGUUUUGUUUUACUGUUAUUAUAAUUUGCCUUUUUAUAUCUAUAAAUACUAAAUCCAUCUCCAAACCAACUGAAGGGGAAUUGCCCCUAAUCAGCAGAGGUGCAGUCGGGUGCUUAACCCCUUUGCUUUGCUGUUCUUACCCUUGCCUCCUUGAAGCUCCAGGUGCCACUUUGCUACCAUAGCUGCUGCACAGAUCCCUGACUUUCCUCAGGAUCUCACACCCAUCUCCCCCACAGAGCUGAGGGAUAUGGUCAGCAGUCCCUACCAGCUAUCAGAUAAGGCAAACCAACCUGCCUGUCUUUGUUGCUCUUCAGUGAUAUGCGCUGCCCGUGCUGGCCCAAUGAACAGCAUGAAAGGGAGACCAGACUCCAAAGAAUUGUCAGCUUGUGGUUUCUAGGUAGAACUGGCCUUUCUGUUUUGUUUUAAAACACUAUAACUUCUACUUGUGGGGACUUGUUGAGGUUUUGUUUCUUGAACUUGUGUUAGUUUCUUAAUGUGUGCCAAUGAGAUAUUUAUUCUACAGUGUGUGUCAUAUCUAAUAAGUUAACUGAUUUCUUUCCUGUGUUUGUAUACUUCAGUUAACUUAACUAUUUUAAACUUUGAGAGUAUCAAAAUUAGUAUUUAGGAUGUGUACUUUUUUCAAAAAAAAAAAAAAAUACUUCUACUGCACUUUAACCAAUAGUUACUACAUCUCAUACACUGGCAAG